AUGUCUUCUCCACCACCUAUCAGCUCCACCAUUGCCAAUUUUCAACCCAAGCUUUCUUCCAUAACUCUUGGAAAUGUCUGCAAAGUUGUGGCAGUUUCAGGGCUUGCCUUGUUCACUCUCUAUGUUUUUGUGUUUUCACCUCCAAAUUACCAACUUUCUGAUUUCCUUACUACCCUCAAACAAAAAUUUCCGAUUAACAAUCCGUCGUCACCGUCAUCGUCGUCGCUCCCACCCGCUGAUCCUCCGACCAACAUUUCCCAUAUCGUGUUUAGCAUCGUUGGCUCAAUGAACACAUGGAAGUACAAGAGACAUUAUAGUGAGUCGUGGUGGCGACCCAAUGUAACUCGUGGUCAUGUCUUCUUUGAACGGCCACCUUCUGGUGAGUUCCUACCGUGGUCGAACUUGUCUGCUCCAUUUCGGGUCAACGAAGAUAUCUCACGCUUUGGUGUGUACCCUAAAAUUAGAUGGCGAGACCAGGUGAGGAUCUUUCGAACUGUGAUGGAGUCGUUUAGAGAAGGUGGCCCGAAUGCGAGGUGGUACGUGAUGACUGACGACGAUACGAUAAUAUUUGUGGAUAAUUUGGUGAAGACUUUGGGAAAGUAUGAUGACAAGAAGCCUUGGUACAUUGGGAUGAACUCAGAGUGUGUGAAAUCUAACUUUGAUUUCUCCUAUGAUAUGGCUUUUGGAGGAGCUGGCUAUGCUUUGAGUUACCCACUUGCUGCUUUGGUAUCAAAAAGGUUGGAUGGUUGCAUUGAGAGAUACCCUUAUUUGAGGGUUAGUGAUCAAAUGUUGUUCCAAUGUUUGUCGGAUUUGGGAUUCUCAAUUACUCACGAAAAGGGGUUUCAUCAGGUCGAUCUCCGAGGCGACGCAUCAGGCUUUCUCUCGUACCAUCCACAAACCCCUCUCCUCUCCCUCCACCACAUAGACCUCAUCAAUCCCAUUUUCCCGAACAUGGACCGCCCCGCCGCCAUCAACCACCUAAUGAAGGCGGGGGCGGUCGACCAGUCCCGCCUCCUACAACAAACCAUCUGCUACCACCGCCCCUUAAACUGGAGCUUCUCAAUGUCAUGGGGCUACUCAGCUCACAUCUAUGAAGCCAUAAUGGCUAGAAACUAUUUGAAGAGACCAUUGGAGACAUUUGCACCAUUUGAACGAACUAAGGCUCCGGUUUUCAUGUUCAACACAAGGUGGGGUGUGCUUGAUAACCCUUGUGAAGCUCCCCAUGUGCUGUACUUCGAGUCGAUUGAGAGCGAUCGAGAGGAUAGAAUCGUGACCACUUAUAUGAGGAAGUGGGCUCGUAAUCUUCCUCCUUGUGCUGUUUAUGGGAACCAUUCAGCUGAAUCAGUCUCAAAGAUUAGGGUUUUUUCAUCUGCAAAGGUCCCUUUGGAGGCAGGAGGAGUAGAGUGCUGUGAUGUGAGAAUGGUAGACAUGAAUGUUACUGAAGUGAGUUAUAGGCCUUGUUAUCAUGGGGAAGUCAUGGCUUAAACCUUAAGCUUUCUUCUUGAUUGGGUAUCAAGUUUAGUGCGUUUAAUAUGCUUCUAAUUAGAUGGCAGAAAUUGAGUUAAAAUUUAUAUAUCUGUUUUGAGAUGUAAUAAGUUUAUGAUAUACAAAGGAAAUCAAA